UGAGCGACAUGUCAAUUUGACAUGUCGCGAUACAUCACCUCAUACAAAAAUUCACGGAACUUGUAUGCGGACCCUCGAGCUCAUACAUGUCGCGUAUACAUUUUGUAUAUCGCUUUUUGGCCAUAUACGCGACUUGUAUGAGCGACAUUUGAAGAACUCGCGCAUGCGCAGUACUAUCAUUUCCUGUCGUCUUGUCGCCUGCCGCUUAUUUUGAAGUUUGGCGCAUGCGUAGUACCAGCUUAUUUGGCGGCUGUUUUGAGUUUUGGAGCUGCCGACUGUCGUUUGUUGUGUAGUUAUUUGUGUAUUUUGUCGUGUGUUGUGCCCGCGUGUUUUAAAAUUUGCCAUGACUUCUUGGUCCAAACAAAAUACACUGCAUUUUAUAGAGGCAGUGCGCAGGCAUCCCUGUAUAUGGGAUGUGAAAAUACGAGACUAUAAGAACAUUCUCAAAAGGUACGACGAGUGGGAGGAAAUUGCCAAGGCAUUUAACGUGUCAAGGAAGGAAUGUGAGGACAAGUGGCAUAAUUUAAAAAGCCAAUACAGUCGCGAGUUAGCGAAAAGGAAGAGCAGCAAAGGAACUGGAAGUGCUACAAGCAAUGUGUACCACACUUCAUGGUAUGCUUUUGAAAGUAUGCAGUUCAUAAGAGACAAUUACAAACCACUCUCUCAUAGGAGCACACAUGAAGUAGUACCAGUCAUGGAAGCCCCAGCCACGGAAGGAGAUGGUGAAGGAGAAGGAGAAGGAAGCAUUAGUUUCCCUUACGAUGUCACAGAAAUGGAGGAGGUGACAUUUGCCACGCCCCCAGAAGACAUUGUGGAAGUGGAAACCACUCCACUCAUCUCUGUGCCUCCACAUGAAUGUGGAUGUGCAACCGUGCCACCGUGUACCACUCCAAGUCCGAGUGGAAGUGGUAGAUCAAGUGCACUGAAGAGAGCCAGGAGAGACCUGGAUGAAGACCGAGAAGGUCUUUUACAGACCUUGAAAAAAGCAGUGGGUACUUCUUGGAUCACUAUCUACAAUGUCAGUGAUAGUGCCACGGUUAACCACUUCCUUGAGCUGCUAGCACCUGAGGCAGCACAGACAACACUGGUCAAGCUGUGGCCAGCAAUGCAUGAUGUUGCUGGAUGA